CUCCGCCCACCUCGUCCAGACCCGGACCCAGACCCAGACCAGAUCUUCGGCGGGCAGGACUCUGCUCGAUUCUCCUCCAGGACCGCAGCAUCGGCGAUCGUCCUCACAGGAUGGGCCUCCUCCUGCUCACGCUCGCCUCCGCUCUCCUCUCCACCUACGUCCCUGCAGGGAGCCGGGUCGAGGCUCAGAGACUGUUCACCAUCAGGGCCGUCAGCCUGACCGUGGAGCCGCACCCCGACGGGACCCGGGACCCCGUGGUGACCCGGGACACCAACGUGACGCUGCGAUGCCAGGCGGUGGUCAGCAGCUCGGGUCCGGAGGCGCUGGUUCGGAAGUACACCAUCUACAAGGACGGCAGUGACGUCUACACCAAGACCAGCAGCUCCUCCGAGGACCUCCUGUACCCGCUGCCGGCGGCCCGGGUCUCCAACAGCGGCAAAUACAAGUGCGAGGUCAACAUCGAGGGCAAGUCCAUGGCCAGCGAGUCCAGGAAGCUCACGGUGACGGGUCUGUCCACGCCGCUGCUCCACCUCAACAAGGGCGUGGUGACGGAGGGCGAGGAGCUGACGGCCCGCUGCACCGCACCGGGGGAGACCGGCUCCAUCUUCUUCUACUUCUACGACGACACCAAAGAAAUCCAGGAGGAGCGAGUGAACUCCAACCAGGUGGAGGUGAGGCUCCGCUUCAGCAGCGCCGGGAUCCACCGGAUCCACUGCGCCUACACGGUCCUCAUCACGCCCGACUCCUUCAAGUCCCAAGAGAGCAACACGGUCGUCGUGUCGGUCAAAGAGCUUUCCAUCUCACCGGUUCUGGAGGUCUCCCCCACGGACCAGGUCUUCGAAGGAGACCGCCUUGACCUCCUGUGCACGCUCAGAAGCUUCGUGCACAACACUGAGAAGAUCCAGCUGUACCUGAGCCAGGGAACCCAGCUGCUGAGCACCGGGAGCACACGGGUCAACCACAGCAUGGUGGCCCGGGCCAGCGGGCCCACGCUCAGCUUCGAGUGCCGGCUGGAGAUGGGCCCCCUUUUCAAGUCUGCCACCAAGACCAUCUCCGUGACCGAGCUGUUCUCGGUGCCCACGCUCCGCGUCUCUCCUGCCGAAGUCUUCCAAAGGGAGGCCAUGACGCUGACCUGCAGGAGUGAGAGCGUUGCCUCUGAGAGGCUGGACCGGAAGGAGCUGGUGUACACGCUGUCCCCGCCGGAGAACCCGCUGGUGGCCGUGGGCACCGGGGUUUUCUCCGGGAAGGCUCUGCAGUUCGACUUCAACUACACCUGUGCAGCUGAGGCCAAAGGCAUCAAGAAGUUCAGCCAGACGCUCACCGUCCGUCCCAAAGUCUUAGUUUCCGUUCCGAAGAUCUCGGUUUACGGCAAGGCCGUGCUGGGGCAGCCCAUCCAGAUCCUGUGUCACUCCGACGCCGGCAGCCUGCCCAUUAACUACACCCUGCUGUGGGGCUACGACGAGGUGGAUGUGAGGAGCGUCCGGCUGCCCUUCGACAAAGCCAUCUUCACCGUCUCCAUCACCAAGCCCGAGGAACUGAGCAAGUACAUGUGUGAGGCCAGGAACAGCAAGAAGGAAGUUCCGCCCAGCAAAAGACUCAAUGCCACGGUCAUCGAGCCUCUCACCCACCCGACUCUCACCGUCAUCCCAAAACCGGACGAAGUGUCGGAGGGCGAUCACCUCGUCCUCAUCUGCGGCGUCCGCGGCACGCCGCCGGUCACCUUCAAGUGGUACCGCGUGGGAACGAUUGAGCCGCUGAACUUCACCACCACCGACAACAAGCACAAGGACUACCAGAUCCCCCGGGUGUCCAACGACGACAGCGGCACGUACUACUGCGAGGCCUACAACUCCGCCAACGGCAUGGUCCGGAGCGAGCAGGUCACCAUCCAGGUGCGCAUGGCGCUGUGGAAGAAGGCGGUGAUCGGCGGCGUGGGCCUGCUGGUGGCGUCGCUGCUGGUGCUGGGGGUGUGCGUCCUGUACUUCAGAUCCAAGCGAGUCAGAGUGAGCAGAGCUGCUGUCAGUGUGUGGAGCGAGAGGAAGCCUGAAGCAGAUGAUGAGGAUGAGGAGGACGAUGAAGGCCGCUCGCUGUCCAAAGAGCCCGAUGUGGAGUACACAGAGGUGGUGCACCCCCGCUCAGCUGAUCCCGCCCGAGCUCCUCUGAGGAAAGGAACCGAUACAGUGUACAGCGAGCUCCAGAACGCUCCGCAGGGUGCUGCUGAUCUUCACCACUACGGUUCAGUGGAUUAUGCCAGUCUGAACGGUGAACAGCCCGAGAUGGGUCAAUACCACCCUGAGACGGGUCAGUACCACCCUGAGACCGGUCAGUACCAUCCCGAGACCGGUCAGUUCCACCCUGAGACCGGUCAGUUCCACCCUGAGACGGGUCAGUACCACCCAGAGACCGGUCAGUACCACCCUGAGACGGGUCAAUACCACCCUGAGACGGGUCAAUACCACCCUGAGACCGGUCAGUACUACCCUGAGACGGGUCAGUACCACCAUGAGAUGGAUCAGCCCCACCUGGAGGUCCACAGCCCCCCGGAUCUGCCUCAGCCGGUGGAUUAAUGCAUCGGUCAGCUACUUGCUGACCUUCAUGUUCUCAGAUUGGAGAAGCUGUAAAUAUUUUUUCGCCUCAAUAAAAAGACUCCUCGGA